GUCAGGUCAGAAAUGCAUGAGCGCAGCUGUUGACAUGGUCUGGGCAGAGUUCUUCAUGAACACACCUCGUGUCUUUAAAACUAUCAGAUGAACCACUUCUCUGAUGACAAGUCUUGCAAAUUCACUGUGGACACACAGGAGAAUUCUCGAAUUGUAAGGGUGAAAGUUAUAGCUGGAAUAGGACUUGCCAAGAAGGAUAUCUUGGGAUCUAGUGAUCCUUAUGUGAGAGUGACAUUGUAUGACCCAAUGAAUGGAAUUUUUACAAGUGUGCAAACGAAAACCAUUAAAAAGACUUUGAAUCCAAAAUGGAAUGAAGAAAUAUUAUUCAGAGUUCAUCCUCAGCAGCAGCGGCUUCUGUUUGAAGUGUUUGAUGAAAACCGAUUGACAAGAGAUGAUUUCCUAGGUCAAGUGGAUGUGCCUCUUUACCCCUUACCGACAGAAAAUCCAAGAAUGGAGAGACCGUAUACAUUUAAGGAUUUUGUUCUUCAUCCAAGAAGUCAUAAAUCAAGAGUAAAAGGUUAUCUGAGAUUAAAAAUGACCUAUUUGCCUAAAACCAGUGGCUCAGAAGAAGAUAACGCAGAACAGGCUGAGGAAUUGGAGCCUGACUGGGUUGUUUUGGACCAACCAGAUGCCGCUUGCCAUUUGCAGCAGCAGCAAGAACCUUCCCCUCUGCCUCCGGGAUGGGAAGAGAGGCAGGAUGUUCUUGGAAGGAUCUACUAUGUAAACCAUGAAUCUAGAAGAACACAGUGGAAACGACCAACUGCUCAGGACAGCUUAACAGACGCCGAGGACAACAACAUUCAGCUGCAAGCACAGCACGCCUUUACGACACGGAGACAGAUCUCUGAGGAAACAGAAAGUGGCGACAACCGAGAGUCUUCAGAGAGCUGGGAAAUUAUAAGAGAAGAUGAAGCUGCCAUGUACAGCAAUCAGACCUUCCUCUCGCCUCCGCCGUCCAUGAACUUGGAUGUUCAGACUCAACUUGCAGAAGAUUUGAAUGGCAGAUUCGUGAUCUGUGGGAAUUUGACCACCAGCCAGCCAGUAUCCAGCUCAAAUCGCCCCAGCAGGAGAGGCAGCUUCCAGGCCUGUGUCUUUCAGGAGCAGCCAGCACUCCCAGUGCUUCUGCCAACUUCAUCUGGAUUGCCACCAGGUUGGGAAGAAAAACAAGAUGAGAGAGGAAGGCCGUACUACGUGGACCACAAUUCCAGAACGACCACCUGGACAAAGCCUGCUGUGCAGGUCCCAGCGGGCCGGGGUACGUCUGCAGCCCCACAACCAGCAACUUCCACCCGGGACCCCACCCCGCCGGGCACCCAGGCUGCCGAGCACGAGCACCACUCCCUGCCCAGCGGAUGGGAGGUCCGGCAUGCAGCUAACGGGAGGCCUUUCUUUAUCGAUCACAACACCAAGACCACCACCUGGGAAGAUCCAAGACUGAAAACCCCAGCCCAGCUGAGAGGAAGAAACCCGCCUGAUUCCUCAAAUGACCCGGCGCCCUUACCUCCAGGCUGGGAAGAAAGAACUCACACAGAUGGAAGAAUCUUCUACAUAAAUCACAAUAUAAAAAGGACUCAAUGGGAAGAUCCUCGGUUGCACAAUGUACAAAUAACUGGACCAGCAGUGCCAUACUCCAGGGAUUACAAAAGAAAGUAUGAAUUCUUCCGAAGAAAGCUGAAGAAGCAGAAUGACAUUCCAAACAAAUUUGAAAUGAAGCUUCGCCGGGCCACGGUCCUUGAGGACUCCUACCGGCGGAUCCUGGGCGUGAAGAGAGCCGACCUGCUCAAGGCGCGCCUGUGGAUCGAGUUUGAUGGGGAGAAGGGCCUGGACUACGGUGGCGUGGCCCGAGAGUGGUUCUUCCUGCUCUCCAAGGAGAUGUUCAACCCCUACUAUGGGCUAUUCGAAUACUCCGCCACGGAUAAUUAUACCCUACAGAUAAAUCCAAAUUCUGGAUUGUGUAAUGAAGAUCACCUCUCUUACUUCAAGUUUAUUGGCCGGGUAGCUGGCAUGGCAGUUUAUCAUGGCAAACUGUUGGAUGGUUUUUUCAUCCGCCCAUUUUACAAAAUGAUGCUGCACAAACCAAUAACACUUCACGAUAUGGAAUCAGUGGAUAGUGAAUAUUACAAUUCCUUGAGGUGGAUUCUUGAAAAUGAUCCCACAGAAUUGGACCUCAGGUUUGUCAUAGAUGAAGAGCUCUUCGGGCAGACACAUCAACAUGAGCUGAAGACUGGUGGCUCGGAAAUCGUUGUCACCAAUAAGAACAAAAAAGAAUAUAUUUAUCUUGUGAUACAAUGGCGAUUUGUGAACCGAAUCCAGAAGCAAAUGGCUGCUUUUAAAGAGGGUUUCUUUGAACUGAUACCACAGGAUCUCAUCAAAAUCUUCGACGAGAAUGAGCUGGAGCUCCUCAUGUGCGGACUGGGAGACGUGGACGUGAGCGACUGGCGCGAACACACCCAGUACAAGAAUGGCUACAGUGCCAGCCACCAAGUCAUCCAGUGGUUUUGGAAGGCUGUUCUUAUGAUGGAUGCUGAGAAGAGGAUUCGGUUACUUCAGUUUGUCACGGGCACAUCCCGUGUGCCCAUGAACGGAUUUGCUGAACUCUAUGGAUCAAAUGGACCACAGUCAUUCACUGUUGAACAGUGGGGUGCCCCUGAAAAGCUGCCCCGGGCCCAUACAUGCUUUAACCGCCUGGACUUGCCGCCCUAUGAAUCAUUUGAAGAAUUGUGGGACAAGCUUCAGAUGGCAAUUGAGAACACUCAGGGUUUCGAUGGCGUCGAUUAAGUUCCACAUAACAGCUGAUGGUGUUUCGCUGCCACUUUUUUUUUUUAAUAAGCAAAAUCUUGGCUUAAAAUUUUCCAGGAAAUGACUAAAACUGCCAUUGAUUCUUUCCAGGUUUUGAAGAAAAUAAAAAACAUUAGAAGGAGUGUGACAGUUCCACCAUGGUUUCACUCACUGUCAAACAGUGUGCGGUAUUCCACAGUUGUUUUUGCUCUUUCAAAUUCACACUGUGGGAUGUAAGUCCUCAGUGCCCCAAAGAGUGACUUGUCCUUAACAGUUACCCUUUUCAUAGCAUGUCCCAGGAAGUUCCUUCUUAAACUACUGAGAUUAUAACUGUGAAAUAUUUGUGGGGAAGUGUCAUAUGUGGAAAUUUGUGAUGCUUUGCAAGAAAGAAAAUGGAAAUCUGGAAAAGAAUACCUUCAUUCUGAAUGAACUACACACUACUUCAUACUAUUGAGAUUAUUUAUUAUUUUGUAGACCUGCCUUGCACUUAAUUCCCAGAUCUUUUUAAAAACCUUAACAGUGUUUAGUCUGUGUUUCUCACCAACUGAAUCACUUGGCGUAAACUUGUUUACUUAUUUGUCUUAAAAGUAUUUGACUGUUAAUAUGUAGUUUUGGUUCAUAAAACUGGUUUGUAAAACACAUGAAGUAAAUUUGACCUUGAAAAAGGUGAAGAGAAUGAAGGCUUUCCUUUAGCCUCUAGAUCCUGAGGGUGCAUUGGUAUUCUCAUCACUUUUUCAUGUCUAAGUUUUGUUACUGGCGUCCACUUGAGUAAAUUGACGAACAACGGGAUGACAGUGACAGUGAUACAGUUUUGUUAAAGAAUUCCUUCUUUAAAUAUUAAACUAAAGCUCCACCAAACAGUAUUUCUAAAAUAUGCCUUGAAGAACAAAAUCAAAUGUGUAAUACUUGCUUCUAUUGGUAAUUCUUUACACUUGCACAAUUGUUUAGUAAAUAUAUGUUUACAGGAUUUAUUAUGUUUACAGAUAAGCUAACUUCUCUAGUGCAUUUUUAUAUUUGUAGUAUUUCUCUUAUGUCAGAAAGCCAAAUUUUUGUCUUAAAAAAACAACCAAAGAAUAGUUACAGUGUGUAAUUGGUAUUAAAUUUAUUACUGUUUUUUGUACGCUUUUAAAAAAUACUGUUUACUAUGAAAAAAAAAAAACGGUUGUUUUACUGUAAAUUUCAUUAAGCAAAACCUGCCGGUAGGAUUCUAGUUUAACCAAACUAAAGUAUGGUAAAAUAGCUGUGUGCGUGGAUUCAGUGAAAGCUUACUGGAAUGACUGCCAUCUGCACAGUAUGGACCAGAUCAUGUGCAGAGAAUUCUGCUUCCAAGACCUCUGGUUCAGUCGUCUCCUCAAGGGACUUACAAACUCGUAAAUGCAUUUGUGAGCAAUCGAAAACCAGGGUGAGUGGGAUAAGGCAAAGGAAAGGUGUUGCUCCGUACCGGUAAAGUAUAAAGUAUGCCAAGACUGAAUCCCAUUUUUCAGAUCAGUGCUAGAGUGAGAACACGGAAAAGGUCCUUGAAGAAGUUAAACCUAUAGUAUCUUGGUGAUUUUGGACUAAUUGUUAGUACAUGUUCCGAAUUUUUUUCUUAUACAUGCAGUCUGGGAGUUGUAAAAAGUGCUUCUGGCCAUUGUUUGAAUUUCUGGAGGGUAUAAUCCAGUGGGGACUUUGACAGGUCUCAGAGGGGAAAGCAGAAGAACCACUUUCCAAAAAGCACCACAUCAACAACUGCCCUGGGGCAAAGUCUUCCACAGAUCAACGCACCUACUUUAUCUUUACCUGUGUUCACUUGCGUUCAAACAGGACCACCUGGUUUGGUUUUCCCAUAUACUGACUGUGUAAUCAGACCAACACACUUAACCUCUUGGGCCUCCUGUUUAUCGGCCAAGUGAGUCAUCACACCCUUUGUUAUUUUAAGAUUGUUGUAAAUUCCGCUGAGAUGCUCUGUGAAGUAUCAAUCAGAAACGCUUCAUACUGCGCAGCUGAUGUUAUCAAAAAUCCAGUGUGCAUCCCAACUGCACUCACAAGGAGAACCUCUUCAUCCAAAAGUAAGAUGACAGCAAAUAGACAAGGACGUAGGAACAUGUAAUUUUGACUGCCUGGGGAUAUACAUGUACCCUUACGUUGAUCUACGUAUAUAGAGACAUGUUCAUCUAUACAGGGAUCUUACUCUCAGAAUUCAGUUUGCCCUCAUAAGUAAGGUAAUAUGAAUCUGCACCACUGUAUUUUGGAAUGCCCUCAUCAUGUAGAACUGAAUGCCAGAAACUGUUCUUGUUCAAAUAAGAUUUUACUACAGUAUUAUUUAACUGUCACUUCCAAGAAAUAUCAUUGCAGGUAUCAGACCUUGAAAAAACCAUAAGCUUGCUUUUCACUUGACUUAUUUAUUUGGCUGAUGCUGAGACUUGAGUGAAACAGGCUCUCCGUGAGACCACACCUACCCGCACCAGCACAGAACAGCCCUUUAAUCCUCAGGGAUGAUCAGAUUUUCACAACACAGACCCGCAUCCCAAACAGAAAAGUAUCUCACAUUUAUUUUAGUGAUAGAGUAAGUAGGGUCAUUUUUGAAAAGCAAGGACAUAAUAUUUUUCUACACAUUAUAAGACAUCUAACCUAUAUUUUGACUAAUUAGAUACAUUUUCAUAUUGACAAAACUAUUACAACUGUAUAUAAGCAUAACUCAAAUUUAACUGUUACCUGUUUUUGUUUUUAUGGAUAAUGCUGGAAUUAUUCCUUCUUACUAUGAAACUAAACAGCUGUUUAAUUAUAAGCCAUUUGACAUUAUUUUUAAAAAAUCCAAUAAGGAAAAUAUGUAUAUAUCAAGAUUAAUGUAUCAGAAUGUAUUGCAUCCUUUAAAGUAUAAAUCAUUGUUUAAAAUUCUUGCUGCCCCAAAUAAAAGUCUA